CGGCGAACAAUGGAAGCCCAGUCCAGUAUUUUUAUCUACAUACAUAAAGUUUGGGGAGAAUAAGUGGUAUACCUAUAUUGCCGUUUUCUUUCUUUUCCGUCAGUGAACCCCAAAAAAACGAUUCGACUAACAAUGUCCAUGAUUUUACCCCGUAAAGACAGGCAUAUCGAUAUAAAGGCCAACAUUUCAUUUACGCUGAGGUUUAUUUUUUGUGUAUUGUAGUAUAUUUCGUGUCUCACUUGGAUAAAACACAAAAAACACAGCGAUCGAGUGCAACAUUAAGAAUUCUUUCCGAAACAGCAUUUGGAAAUAACAUCGUAUAGAUUAAAAUGAAACCUGAGUUUAUCGGAUCAAUUUAUUUCACUUAUCUUUUCUUUGCAUCCUGUACAUCGACUGACUUUCCAGUGAGAAUAUCGAACUCUGGCAAAAUUCGCGGACGAGUAACUGAGCGCGUCGCCGGAUUUCCCGUGGAAGAAUACCUAGGAAUUCCCUAUGCAGCCCCACCAACGGGAGUAAAACGAUUUCAGAGACCUCGUGAACACGUCCCAUGGACAGAUAUAUUGAAUGCGACAAAACUACCCCCGGCUUGUUAUCAAGGAGAAAUUAAUGCUGGAUAUAUUAAACAACACAUGCCAGAUUUUGAUAUGAAUUAUCAAAAUGAGGACUGCCUAUUCCUAAACAUUUAUGUUCCAAAGUCUUUGGAAAAGAAUAUGAGCUAUGCGGUAAUGUUUUACAUUCAUGGCGGGUCCAACAGAGCAGGAAUGGGUGCCAUGUUGCCAGGCGACAUACUGGCUGCCCACGGACAAAUCAUCGUCAUCAAUUUCAAUUAUAGAUUAGGUCUUUUAGGUUUUUUGUCUUCGCCCCAACACAACUUUACUGGAAAUAAUGGACUUUUGGACCAAGUUGCAGCCAUGAAAUGGGUUCAUUCUAACAUUCAUUAUUUUGAUGGAGAUCGGGAUCGAAUCACUAUUGCUGGUCACAGCGCAGGCGCAGGAGAUGUUGGUCUUCACUUAGUUUCACCACUCACCAAAGGUUUAUUCAGGAACGCAAUCCUAAUGAGCGGAUCACCAUUAGCACAUUGGGCAAUGGCGUCACCAGACCUAAUCCCCGGCUCCAAUAUCAAUUCCACAAUUCUGCAAUAUGCACUAGAUGUAGCAGACAUCAGAGCUAUAGAUAUCAAAGAUAUCAAAGCUAUUGAGAUGAUAUUUUCUACGUUAUUACCAUUCAGUGUUGUUCCAUAUCCUGCUGUUGUAGACAAUUAUUUUCUAACAAAAUACCCGAGAUCCUCUUUUCAAAAUGGCGAAUUCCACGGAAAUGCAUUUCUUGUAUCCUUUACUGCAGACGAAAGUUUUGGACCGCUCCCGGGUUCAAUCUUUAAGUUAGAUUUUCCGGGUUAUCUAGUACGAUAUGAACCGUUUUAUCCCACAAUUUGUAAUUUUAAAGACACACUGAGUUCUGUGUACAGUGACAUUGAAGAUCCAGGGAGGAGUUUGGUUGAGGCUGAAGCAGAUAUGUUAUUUUAUGCCAGUAUCAUAGAACUGUCCGAUCUCCUCUCGGACUCUGACGUCAAACCGUCUGUCAGUGUGUUUGAGUACGAUAUCUUAAUGCCAGAUCCUAAUCAACCCAACUGGAAAGGUGUUGACCAUGGAGAGGACAUUUUUUAUUUGUUCGGAAUACCUCUGAUAGGCAGCAUACUUCGAAAUUUCACAGAAGAAGACAUCGAAGCAAGCAAAUUGGAAAUGACCUUAUAUAGCAAUUUCGUCAAGACAGAAUUAUUUUCACUGGAUGGUUUAACAAGAUUGGGCAGCUUAUACAACACACAACAUCGGUCUUACUGCAGAAUGUAUUCUGAUGGUAACAAUGUUACCUUUGGAUAUUUCCAAAAUUUUCGAAAAUCAAAGAUGGAAUUUUGGAAUAAUGUGGCUCAAAAUAAACAAUCUCCCUGUGAUAAAACUUCAAAGGCAACUUUAAAUGAUAUUGAUAUAUAUUUUUUUAUAUUCAUUGUAUAUUACUGGUUUGUUACUGAUGUGUAUUGAUCAAUAAAAAAGCGAAAAUAGAA